GGUAUUAUUUACAUUCGGAGGCUUUCGACGUUUCUAGACGCUGUGUCGGCCGUUUUUCUGGCUAUUGAAACGCAUUUUGGAGUUAAAACUUGAUUUUUUUUGUGAUAAAAUGACUACAGUUACAUCACCUUCAGUUGAAUUGAGUUCUUACAGAGACCAACAUUUUAAGGGGUCACGAGCAGAACAAGAGCGCCUUUUAAGAGAAUCAACUACCUUAUACGUCGGAAACCUUUCUUUUCAUACAACAGAGGAGCAAAUAUAUGAACUUUUCUCUAAAUGUGGCGAUAUCAAGAGAAUCAUCAUGGGUUUGGACAAAUACAAGAAGACACCUUGUGGAUUUUGCUUCAUGGAGUAUUACACAAGAGCCGAUGCAGAAAAUUGUAUGCGGUAUGUGAAUGGCACAAGACUUGACGACAGAAUUAUCCGAACCGAUUGGGAUGCUGGGUUUGUAGAAGGACGUCAAUAUGGACGAGGGAAAACUGGUGGGCAAGUGCGUGACGAGUACCGAACAGAUUUUGAUGGAGGGCGAGGUGGAUAUGGAAAACUUGUUGCACAAAAAGUUGGAGCUCCAGAAAUGGGAUUCAUCGUCCAGUGAAUCGUCGCUGACAUCAGUGUCCUCAGUGACUGGAAACAAACUGCCUCUCUUCAGUGUGACUUCACAUGUGUUUUGUCCAAUAAGUUGUUUUCUAAAAAGAAAGCAAUUUAAGGUGCGAUCAUGUGAAUGAAUUGGUUACUCUGGACAAGACCCUGACUUUUUCAAGAGACACUUAUGCCCUUUUUCAAUCCUGAUAUUGAAAUAUCAUCAGUCAGUUUCAUUCAUCUCCACGUUUAAGUUAUAUCGUGGAAUAAUUUCUCUUGUAACUCUAAAGAAAGUAUUCUUUACACAUUUGAUCACCCUCUUGACCCAUUAAUCAUCCAAACGACAUUAUUUUUUUUCUUCUUGACCAUUCGUCCGAUAAUUUCCCAAAACCAUCUCUUUGUAUACUUUUAGAAAUCAUUUUUUUAAACAAGUGAAUUGUAUUGCACCAGUUCCUGCUAGUUUUUAUUCUAAAUCGGCAAAUGUGAAUCAUUAAUUUAUUGUGAAAUUUUGUGAUUUUAUGAGUGUAAAAUAGAAUAAGUAAAUAUGUACCUAUUGCAAAAAUCAGUUAUGUGUAAAGGUUUGCAAAACUAAUUGUAAGUUAGUAUCUAAUAUGGAAUAAAAAUUGUUAUUUUUUGCAUUUUUUCAA